AUGCCUACUCGUUUCUCGAACACCCGGAAGCACCGCGGUCAUGUGUCCGCCGGUUACGGUCGUGUCGGAAAGCACCGCAAGAGCCCCGGUGGUCGCGGUAUGGCCGGUGGUCAACACCACCACCGUACCAACAUUGACAAGUACCACCCCGGUUACUUCGGUAAGGUCGGUAUGCGUUACUUCCACAAGACCAAGCAGCAGUUCUGGAAGCCCACCAUCAACCUCGACAAGCUGUGGUCCCUUGUCCCUGCCGAGCAGCGUGACGCCUACGUGAGCGGCCAGAAGACCGACACCGCCCCCGUCAUUGACCUCCUGCCCCUCGGUUACUCCAAGGUCCUCGGUAAGGGCCGUCUCCCUCAGAUCCCCGUCGUCGUCCGUGCCCGUUACUUCAGCCGUGACGCCGAGCAGAAGAUCAAGGAGGCCGGUGGUGUCUGUGAGCUGGUCGCAUAA